AGAUAAUGUAAGAUAUAAUUUCUCUUCUUAUAAGGAAGCGUCGCUGUCAAAAAUCCCAAAAAGAAACAAGUUAUGUUGAACAUUAAAAGAAAAUGUGUAAUAGCUGCUUUAAUUUUCAUUUUUCUGUUCCUGAUUUUAUCCACAUUCCAGUUGCAAACAGAUUUCUUUAAAUUUACACAUGUGUUUAAUUGUGGUCAACGAAAUAUUUCAACAAUCGAGCCUUAUGAAGUAGAACGAAUUAAAAAAAACUUGGUUCUUUCAUAUACCAUAUUUGGUAGAGAUUCGGCAAAAAAAUGGGGACAUCUGAUUGGAAUGGUUGCUGAAGAAGCAAUAAAAAGUAAUUUGUAUCAAAACUGGACAGUUCGAAUUUACCACGAUAAAUCUCUUAGCAAAGAAUAUAUCAAAAGUUAUACUUCUAAAUUUGACAAUCUAAAAUUUUAUGAUGUCACAGCAACGUCAUUGUACGGAGACAUAACGUCAAUCAAUGGUAGAGUAUGGAGAUUCUUGCCUUUGGCGGAUGAUACUGUCGAUAUUGUUUGCUUCAGAGAUCUAGACUCACCGAUCAUAAAAAGAGAAGAGGAUGCAGUAAAGAAAUGGUUGGAAAGUGGUCACAUCAUGCAUGUUAUGCGGGAUCAUUAUUGGCAUACAACUGAAGUCUUAGCGGGCUUAUGGGGUUUUCGAAGUGCUUUGGAUAGAACAUUAGCCAAAAAAAUCGUCAAUAUGGUUUUGAUAAACGCCGAGAAAAGGUCUGGAAAUCACGAAGCUACAAAAUUGAACGACCAAGCAGUUUUAGCCAGAUAUAUUUGGCCAUUAGUGAAACCUAAAAGUUUACAACACGAUUCGUACCUUUGUACGAGAUACGAUGGUACUGUACCGUUUCCAACGAAAAGAUAUGAUGAUUUUUUGUUUGUUGGAUGUAUUCGACCUUGUAAUGUGACUGAAAGAAAACCAUGUGAUAUAAAAUGUCGGCCAAAAAAUCAUACAGAUUGGACAUACUGUUAACACGUCGAAAUCAUUUGUUUUGUUUUCACUGAACAAAACAAAUUUCGAUAGCAUACAACUAUCACAAGUACAAAGAUAAACUUUUUACAAUUAGUAUACAUAUCCAGUACAUAAUUAAAAAUGAUAGGAGUAUAAAAGAUUCUGCAAUCUUGGCAUCUUACACCUCACUUCCUGUCAUUUAAAGAGCCGUCAGCAAGAAAUGCGAUUUUAGAUAUAUGUAGAUGGAUUGUUUUUUUUCCUCAUCAUUUAAGAAAUAGUUUGAUUUAAAAUUUUUGGUUGACAAAAAAUUAUUACCUAGAAAUCUA